UUCUUGCCCACGUCCGCGCACACGGUUGUCGCCGGUUGGCUGAGAUCGGCCGCGGCUACCGGCGGUGAGGGGAUCCACAGCUAGCUACCACUACCAUCGCCGCCGCAGCGGUGCAUGCUGCAGCCGGCGCGACGAUGGGGGAGCGAGACGCGCUUCCGCCGUUGCCCCUCGCCCUCGGCCCGCCGCAUCUGAUCCCGCCGGCGCCCACCCACGACCCCCGCGCUAUCGCCUUGCUCCCCGACCUAGGUGGCCUCCCCUGGGUCGCCUACGCCGCGGGAUCCUUCCUCGUAGUAUCCCACCUCCCUUCCCCUUCCCGGGAUGACACCAGCGACGGCGCCGGGGAUGACGGCUGCUCCCCGUUCUUCCGCCAGGUCAUAGACCUCCACGCCCCAGUGUCCGCCGUUGCCUGGUGCGGUCGCGGGAGCGCAGAGGUCGCCGCCGCCGCAGACAACUCCGUCUCCAUCUUCCAGCCGGCGCCCGACGCCUCUUCCCCAGGUUCGUUUGGUUGGCUCCUGAGAUGGUCUAUCACCGAGACAUUUGCCAUCACCGCUGUGGCAUGGACAGGCGCGGGCGACGGCAUUGUGGCAGUUGGUGCAGGUGUGUCCAUGUGGGCCAGAGUGCAGUCCUCCUGGCAGCUCGCCUGGAGGUCUAUUCCGAAGGUGCCACAAUCCCUUGUCUCCUCUACCCGGUUUGUGCAGGGCCCUGUCGCAACAGUCGCAGCUGUUGCUCCGGCUGAGGGCAGUGUGCCUGUUCUUGUGUUUCUGAAUGAUGCCAAAAGGGGGCUGGAGCAAGCCGAGCUUGUGCAUCCGCAGCCUAUUUGCAUGAUCCAGUGGCGACCCUGGUUGUUAUGUGUCAGUGAUCGGUCUGAGAUCAGGAGAGAGAUCCUCAUGACUUGCUGCUUAGAUGGCACUGUCCGGCUUUGGAGUGAGGAUGAGCUGGUCAAGUCAAAGAAGCAACGUGGUUUGCAAAUAUCAUUCAGCGUCAUUGCAGUAAUCGAGGUGAACAACACUCUGAAUGGAGUCCUUGGAGUUGAUAUUACUGUCAGAUGGUCUAUGGAAUCUGGCAGUGUUGUGUCGAGAGAUGAAGAAGGUAAAUUUGAGUUGUUUUCAGGUGAUUCGAGGGAGAGCCAAGUUGGCAAAUGUGAGUGGCUUGUUAGUGUUGGCCCAGGGCCUUGUGUUAACUAUUGGGCUGUCCAUUGUCUAGAUGAUGUAUUUCCACCACCAAGGUAUCCACGGAUUACUCUAUGGAAACAGAGCAAACUGCAGGGCUGGGGGGAGUCCUAUGUUAAAUUGGCUCCUCCAAAAUCUCUAGAGCAGCCAAUAUUUGUUGAUGCUAUCGUAUCAAGAAGGUUAUGUUCUGACCCACCUACAACAUGCUCUUUGCUGCAUUUGCUGCCUGAUGAUUCUUUCGUUUGGUCAGCCUUAUCCAACAGUUUGUUACCGAAUUCUGGGACCCAUGUUUCAAGUGAAUCAGCUAAUAGUAUAUCAUGUUGUUUGACAAAACCUGUCAAACAAGAUGGGCAUAAGGGUAGGAUCAGACAGGUCUCUGUCCAUCCAUAUAGCUGUGAAAUACAGAUAGCUGUUUCAAUGGAUUCAAACAGAAUGUUAUUUUUCUGGUCUCUGUCAACCUUUUCAACUCUCAUACCAACAUUGCAUGCACCUACAUAUCCUUUAUGGAAGCCUUUGUGCAAAUUUGAUUUGCGUAACAGUUCUGAAGAUGUGGAGUACUCAUGCUUGUGUUGGGCGCCUUCUGUUAGUCGUGAUUUUAGAUUUCUUGUCCUUGGAGGUGAAAAUGGAGCUGACUGUUUCAUAGUCAGAAUUAAGAAAGAGGUUCUUACAUGCCAGAGGAUUUUCACGAUCCCUUUCCUUGGACAGAGAAAUGCGGAAGGACCCCCUGACAGUAUUCAUACCAUACCAUUGGAUUCUAAAUGCAGUGGGUGUUUUGUUAACAACAGCUUCCUAGUAGUAUGCAUAUGGAGGAAGAGCUUCCAAGCUUUUUCAUGGAAAGUAGUCUUGCAUUCGGAAAAUCAACUUGACAGUGGAAGAUGUUUGUGUGGUUUUGAUGUGAGCUCUCUUUCUACCACAAACCAAGUGAGGCAUGUAACUUGCUUCGACAGUGAAACUUUUUCAGCAGUUAUUUAUGAAGGUUCUUCAGUCUUUACUUCUAGCCUGGAGGGAGAAUAUCCCACAUGCAUUUCUGUAGUGCCGCUGAACAAUACAGUCUUGCCUAUACAACAUGAACCUUACAGAACUGUUCCUGGUUAUCAUAUUGCUACUGGGUGCUCUGAUGGCACUGUGAAACUUUGGAAGAUGUCUUGUGCAGAUAACUCUUUGCAGACUGAGAAAGAGGGACACAUCUGGGAACUAGUAGGCAUGUAUGGUGCUCACCGAGGACCAGUUAGUAUGGUUGUACUAUCAAAUUGUGGUAGAGUUGUUACUGUUUGCAGAAAUUUGAAGAAGAAUAGCACCUCUAUUAAUAUCUGGGAAGCAGUUAAACUCAUCGGGGAUGGUAGUUUUCUGCUAGAAGAUGCAGUAAUCUUGCAAGAUUAUAUUGUUGGUUUAGAGGGGCUAUCCUUAGGUGAUGGACGAUUUCUACUUGCAGUUUAUCUACCUAACGAGCUGCGCAUAUAUUCUCAUAAGCACCCUUCCUUUCAGAAUGUGCUGCACAAUGAUAAUUCAAAAGAAGAACAUCUUUGGAGCUGUAUUGCGUUAUCCCACUCUCAUCAUGACAUUGCUGGCUUUCUUUGGGGGCCAAAGGCAACUAUCACGCUUGUUCAUGAGAAUCAUCUUUCACUCUUCAGUUCAUGGCUAGUAACAGGAGCUGAUGAGUACACUACCCAGAUACGUGCUUGCCCAAUAGAUGUGCAUGAGAUGUUACCAUGUGCUAACAAUUUCAAUGAAACUGCUUUUGGUAAAUUCAAGUUACCAGAAACUUAUGGUAGCAGGACUAUUGUUAGCAAUGGUGUAUUGCGAACAGACCAAGAUGAUAGUUGCUGUUCUCAUAGUUUAUGGAACUUGUUGGAUAUAGCUGAUAAACUAAGCAGACCUGUGGCAUCGUAUAACCCAAGAGCACUUGUACAGUAUCUUUAUUCAGGUGAAUGGAAACGUGCGAAUGCUGCUCUGCAGCAUCUUUUUAAAUCCAUGAAAGCAAGUGAAGCUUCAAAGAUCACGUCAAAGUGCAGUUCAUGCCGUAAAUCAUGUCACAGUAUUCCAGAACUUCCUUUAUCUGAAUACUUUGUAGAAACCAUGUCCAACAACAUUUCUAACAAAGGCUUUUUGUGGGGUGAAGACAGAAGUAACACAACCUUUAAUUUGCUGUCACCUUCAAAUUCAUUUCUUUAUGGGGAUGGUAAUUUAGGUACCAGCACUACCACUAGUGCGUCUAAAAAAUCAGAGAUAGCUGAGCUCCUUGAUAAGAACUUCAAUGUAUAUGGCAUAAGUGACACUGAGAGAACUCAGAUACUUGCAAUUUCUGAUCUUAUGUUAGAAAUCUCUGAUCAGACCCGUUCCUCUCCCUACAAAAGCCUUGAUGAAGCAGGAAGAAGGUUCUGGGUUGCUGUGCAGUUCCGACAGCUUCAUGCUCUUAGGAGAUCUGGAUACUCAUCUAGUAGUGAAGGGUUCCUUGUUGAUUCUGCUUCGAUAGCGUGGGCCUUCCAAUCUGAUUGUCAGGAUGAUCUACUUAAUUCUGUGCUUCCUUUAGAGCCAACUUGGUCAGAGAUGCAAAAGCUUGGUAUAGGAUUAUGGUAUACCAAUGUGUCCCAGCUAAGGACAAGGAUGGAAAAGUUGGCAAGGUUGCAAUAUCUUAAAAGCAAGGACCCUAAGGACUGUGCUCUGCUCUACAUAGCAUUGAACAGAAUAAAAGUGUUGGUUGGUCUCUUCAAGAUUAGCAGAGAUGAAAAGGAUAAACGUCUAUAUGAGUUUCUCUCCAGGAACUUCCAGGAAGAAAGACACAAAGCUGCUGCUCUAAAAAAUGCUUACGUACUAAUGGGAAGGCAUCAAUGGGAGCUUGCUAUAGCAUUUUUCCUGCUUGGUGAUGAUUUUUCAUCAGCAGUCAAUGUUUGUGCAAAGAACCUUCAAGAUGAACAGCUUGCUAUUGUAAUUUGUCGGCUUGUUGAAGGAUCCGGAGGGCCCCUGGAGCGUAAUCUCAUUUCUAAUGUCCUUCUUCCUCGUUCAGUUGAGAAAGGAGACAACUGGCUUUCAAGCCUGCUUGAGUGGAUGUUGGGGAACUAUUAUCAGUCUAUCAAUAGAUUAUUUGGUUGCCAUCCCAAGUUGGAGGUUGAUGAGUCUAAAAUCGUUGGUGCUCCAAAUGUGUUUUCAGACCCAGAAGUGGGUCAGUACUGUGCAAUUCUCUCGACAAAAAAUGGUUUUAGAAACUGUGUUGGUGAAGCUGUAUCUGCAAAAUUAUCUAAGCUUUCAUUUGCAAUGGCUGCAUGUGCCUUGAACAAGUGUGGACUACCUCUUGAAGCACUUGAAUGCCUAUGUUCUAAUUUGGGCAUAGAUGGCAAGGAAAGCAUAAAUGUACCUUCUGGUGGAGAUCACAAGAUUUUUGAUGGAAUGCUGAACCCUUUCUCUGUUUCUAAAAAUUGGCUAUCUUCAUCUGUCAUUAGUGACUUUGAGUCCGACCUUAAAAUAACUAUGGCUUCAAAAUAUCUAUCCCACCUUCUGAGAAAUCACUUGUUCUGUUCACAAUGCAAUGCAUCAUUAUCUGAAGACAAGGUCCUUAAUGACUACAAUGGUCAUCAAAUUGAAGAACUUACACAUGAUGUUACAGCAGUAAUGUCGAUAUUCGAUAGAAGGUUCUCUUUAAAAUUUGCUGAUAUAGCUGAGAAGAUUCUAAUCUUUUGUUGCCAUGAUGGUUUAUUGUUUCUUGCGUAUGCUUUGUUAUGGGGGUGUAAAUCACCAGAUGUUGCCAUUGACCGUCACGGUCUUGAAUGCUUCUCUCUCCGUCCGAUUAAUUAUCUGUUAUUGGUUUCAUUCAAAGAGAGCUGCAAGUUUCUUAGUCGUCAUGUUGUCUAUUCCUCCUUCAUGCGUUUCGUUCUGAAUAUGGAACUCACAAAUACUACUGCAUGCACACCUAAAGAGAAUCAUAAGUACAUUAUAUCAGGGUUGUCAAACUACCUGAAUGCCAGCAGGUUGCUUCUAAGGCAUGACAAUGGUGGAAACGAUAUUCUAGAUAACAGGUCAGCUAUGCUUACGGUUAUGGAUCUGCUUGAGUACAUUAUAGAGUUUUCCUUUUCUUGGCUGUAUUGUGACAUAAAGGAAUUGCUUAUCAUGAUCAAUCCUGUCCUAGCUGCUUCCGUUAAAGGGGAGUCCUUUAAAGUACUAUUAGAUCGGUUGAAGCAUGCUAUGCUCCACAGAAGUCAUGAUGUACCAUUGAAUACAGAAGGGGGAAUGCCCAGCGCUUCAAUUCAUAAAAUACAGCUAAAAAAGAGUGAAAUUUCGAAUCAUUUAAUUGAUGAGAAGUGGCAUUUGUUAGGUGCUUCUUUGUGGAUUCGGUUGACAUCCGUAAUGCAACAUUAUUUGAGGGAGUUUGUUGAAAAAGAGAGACGUGAACAUGAAACUGGUGGUAGUGAUUCUGAGUUCAAGGGUCAUUUCUCUUCAGUUGCUGCAAAGUUUACUAUGAAUUCCAUACAUUUUGUGUCAUCUUCGUUAGUAAAACUGCACGCAUCAUUCUUGAGGAAGAAUUUACCAAUAAAUUCACAUUCUAGUGUGCUCUUCUGGUUAGAAUGUAAUUCAUCUCAGCAAUGGUCGGACAGCAAUAGUUAUGAUCAGCUUUCAAGAAUUUUGCAGCUUGCAAACAGUGAGAAUAUGGAGGUGUUGUUUAACAAUUUGUGGGAAAUUUCUGUUAAUUCUGUGGAUAUUUGUAAUGCUUUUGUGAAUGAAGGGGUUAAUUGCUUUUCAUUGAGCAACAUAAAUGUUACUAGAUCUUGGAAGGAUAUAAGAGGUACUGCAGUUGAGUGCAAAAACAAUAGUACUCAAAGAAGUGGAGAAGAACAUAAACAUGGACUUCGCUCGAAGAACAAUGAUAAAAGACAGGGAUUUGCUGACGAAGCGUCAUCUAAUGGAGAAGUCUUUCCUGAAACUAAAAGGAAGGAGUUGAUAGUACAAAAAGAUUUUCAAAGCCCAAUGGAACUUCUAAGUAGAAGUGGGGAACUCCUUGAGGCGAUAUGUCUUAACUCAAUCAAUGAGAAACAAGCUGCUAUCGCUACUAACCGAAAGGGCCUUGUUUUCUUCAACUGGAGUGAAAAGAAACAUUGCAAGAAAUUUGCAGAAUAUGUCUGGUCUCGAUCUGAUUGGCCAUUAGAUGGCUGGGCUGGUUGUGAAUCUACACCAACUCCAACUUUCAUUUCAUCUGGUGUUGGUCUUGGCAGAAAAAAAGGAUCCCAACUUAGUUCAGGUGGAGCAACUAUUGGUUUGGGUUCAUUGGCAAAACCUGGGAGAGACCUAACUGGUGGCGGAGCAUUUGGAAUUCCAGGGUAUGCUGGUAUUGGGGCCUCUGGGUUUGGGUGGGGUGAACCUGAAGAAUUUGAGGAUUUUGUCGAUCCUCCGGCAACACUUGAGAACAUCCAUUCAAGAGCAUUAUCCCGACAUCCUUCGUUACCAUUAUUUCUUGUUGGUUCAAGCAAUACACAUGUGUAUCUAUGGGAGUUUGGUAAAGAUAGUGCCAUGGCUACAUAUGGUGUUCUGCCUGCUGCUAACAUUCCACCGCCUUAUGCACUAGCUUCCAUAUCAGCUGUUCAAUUUGAUUAUUACGGACAGCGGUUUGCCACUGCUGCAUUAGAUGGUACCGUUUGUACAUGGCAAGUUGAGGUGGGUGGAAGAAGCAAUGUUCAUUCUACAGAUUCAUCCCUAUGCUUUGAUAGCCAUGCCUCGGAUGUCUCUUAUGUGUCUGCAAGUGGAUCAGUUGUCGCUUCUGCUGGAUCUAAUUCAAAUGGUGCAAAUAUUGUUAUCUGGGAUACCCUGUCUCCACCUGGCACAUGUCAAACUUCUAUUAUGUGUCAUGAAGGAGGAGCACGGUCUCUUUCAGUGUUUGAUAGUGAUAGAGGUUGUGGGUCUAUCUCACCACUGGUUGUAACUGGUGGGAAAAGCGGAGAUGUAGCUUUGCAUGAUUUCCGCUUCCUUUCUACUGGAAAGUCCCAGCAUAAUAGAAUCUCCAAGGAGCAUGGUGUCAAGGAACCUUCCAGGCACGAUACCGAAUCUGGUACUUCUGGUGGUACUGCUAAUGGGAUGGUCUGGCAUAUACCAAAGGCUCAUCUAGGAAAUGUCACCAAGGUAACAACCAUCCCAAAUACGAGCUUGUUCUUAACUGGAAGCAAAGAUGGAGAUGUAAAGCUUUGGGAUGCGAAAAAUUCUCAGCUGGUCUUUCACUGGCCAAAGUUGCAUGAGCGGCACACCUUUUUUCAACCAACUUCCAGGGGUUUUGGCGGUGUAGUUAGGGCUGCUGUAACAGACCUCCAGGUGCUGUCUCAUGGUUUCAUUUCGUGUGGAGGUGAUGGCUCUGUGAAGCUCGUUCAGCUAAAAGAUGAUCUUCCUGUGGUACAUCAACAAUAAAACAAGCAAGGCGGAAGGGGGCAAGAGGCAUGUUACACAAGGUUUUCUCGUGGCUGACGCUGUUGAUCAUUUGAUGUGAUUCAAUUUGUUUUUGUCCAGGAGAUGUUUUGCUUGUGUCAAGUAUGGCAUAGCAAGGACGGACUAUGUAAGAGCAGGAAAAUAUCUAAGCAAUUUGAUGGGAGCCUCUUGUACGUCAAGUUUGUACCUUACGUGUAGUGGGUUAUACUGGCGUUAGGUGUUUUUAUUGAGGUAAUGCCUAUUUGCUAUUCACAUAAGGCAGCGUCGUCCACAAAUCUCUGGAAACAUGUACAGUCAGUUAUGUUGUUUUGCUGGCCAGGGUGUCAAUCAUGGAGGAUGUAAAAUUGUAAACUAGAAGUAGGUAGUAGAUACCAAAACUACACUUUUUGUAGUUUGUUUACUUAAUACACAAUUGUUGGGUAAUCAGGCUGAUUCAUGCUGUACAAUGGCUGGGCAAGAUACAUUUAGUACGAGUGUUCGUGUUUGUUAUGAAGGGCAGUGGAGCACUGGUGUUAAGCUUUAUACUCUGUACAUUUAUGUAUCUAUCAUAUUUCAAGAAA